AUGGAGAGCAGGAAGGACAUGGUGAUGUUUCUGGAAGGAGGGCAGCUUGGCACGCUCGUUGGCAAAAGGGGAGCUAAUUUGUCCGAAGCAGUGGGGAGUCCUGGCCCCGAACCCCCAGAAAACUUGAUCCACCGGAACUGCCUGAGCCCCCGCUCGGGCCCCUUGGCGUCCCGGGAGAGGGGCGGAGGCGGCAAGGAGGAUGAAAUGGAAAGAUUGCCACGGACAGCGACGGGGGCGGGGGCCGAGAGCCGCCCAGCGGGGCCGGCUGUGGCGGCCCCGCCGCCCUCCUCCGAGUCCCCCUCGGCUAAAGGCCAGCAGAGCAGCUCGGAUACCGAGUCGGAUUUCUAUGAGGAAAUCGAGGUGAGCUGCACCCCGGACUGCACCGCGGGGAGCACCGAGUACCAGCACAGGAAAGGGCCAUGCUCCGAGACUCUGGCUGGCAGUCCCAGCAGCGGAGGAGAGCCCCCCAAGAGCGGCGGAGGGGGAGGCCCGGGAGGCGGCGGCGGCGGCGGCUCCCAGGGCUCCUUGGCCUGCAGCGCCAGCGAUCAGAUGCGCCGCUACCGCACCGCCUUCACCAGGGAGCAGAUCGCCCGGCUCGAGAAGGAAUUCUAUCGGGAGAACUACGUGUCGCGGCCCCGGAGGUGCGAGCUGGCGGCCGCCUUAAACCUGCCGGAGACCACCAUCAAGGUAUGGUUCCAGAACCGCAGGAUGAAGGACAAGAGGCAACGCUUAGCCAUGACCUGGCCUCAUCCAGCCGAUCCUGCUUUUUAUACUUACAUGAUGAGCCAUGCUGCAGCCACAGGCAACCUGCCCUACCCAUUCCCUUCCCACCUGCCCCUUCCUUACUACUCACACAUGGGCCUCGGAGCCACUUCGGCCUCUGCUGCCACCCCAUUCAGCACUCCACUGAGACCCCUGGAUACUUUCCGGGUCCUGUCCCACCCUUAUCCUAGACCUGAACUCCUCUGUGCUUUUAGACACCCUUCUCUCUAUCCAGCCCCAACAACGCAUGGACUUGGGGGUUCGGGCGGCAGCCCCUGCUCAUGCCUGGCCUGCCACGCCAGCCAGUCCAAUGGCCUGGCACAGAGACCUUCCGGCUCAGACUUUUCCUGCUCCUCCACAACCAGGACAGACUCUUUCAUCACCUUCACGCCCUCCGUACUGAGCAAAACGUCCUCAGUGUCCCUGGAUCAGAGAGAGGAAGUCCCCCUGACAAGAUAAAAGGCGCACCUCAGGGUUCUUCCAAACACUCACUUUUAGGGCAGACCCCCUGGCUCUAGGACUUCCCCUCCCACCACCCACCUUUCCACCUUUAUUUAAUUCCCUUCCAUCUUCCCUUGGACAUCCGUGGAAAAAAAGGUGACAGAGGACUAGAAAUAACAGCCUGAGAAGGACUUCCAGGACCGUGAAGGAAAGCUGCGAGUGAAAUGUCGGGGAAAGGAGGCCACGAGGCUGGCUGCGUUGAAGGCACAGUCUGCCAUCCGUCUUUGGAGAAGAUGCCAGAGCCUGGCAUGGAAGGGACCCUCCCUGUGUAUGUCUUCAAGGCUCCAUCUGAGAAGGAAAAAAAAAAGACAAAACUUUAAAACUCACACAAGCACACACAUAAGCACAUACACAAAAGCACGUACAACACAACCUUAUGCUCCUGUCUUUACCUGACAAAUCUAAAACACU